AUGACUUUUCUCUCAAGAGGGGCGAGGACUGCCGCUCGUCCCUUGAGACGUACAUUACAGCACCAAACGCGCAGAAGUGCCAGCCACGAAGCUGGUCACGGUCACGGCCACGAUCAUGCAGGACCCAGAGAGAGCGCUUUUCAUGUCGAUAUCGGAUCUGGAAACGAGUCGCUAAGUAGGGGAUUCUUCAUCAGCCUGGCCCUCAUCCCGUUUGCGUAUGCUGUGUAUUCGGUUUCGAGUUCCCCCAGCGACAAUCCUAUUUCCCGACUGGUAAAACAAUAUGAAGACAACAAGAAGGCCGACGAGACGAAAAAUGUGGUUUACAUGACGAUGCUGGAACGGGCAGCGGCGGACCGCCAGCUAUUUGCGGCGACUGCGCGUGACGACAGUGGCCCAGCACUACGAAACCCAGAACUUUUCAAUGUCGGUUCUCCCUAUAACGUAUCGGCUGGGAGUUCUGCAAACCUAUCUGCGCUUGCGAAAUUUUAUCAAGAUGAGAAUAAAGAGGCUGAGAGAUUGAGGAUUGAAAGAUUGAAGACAAAUAAUGGUGUCUCAGCAUAUGAGUAA